GUUGGCCUGAUACUUGCAACCAGCUUCACUGAAGAAUGGGCUCGGAAGAGUAGAGAGUUGUUCUUUUUUGACUCUCAGGCAAGUCUGGGAAUGCUUUCAGUUUUUGGCUACAUGCUUUUCCUGUUCUACACAGGGGUGAAAACAGACGUGAGUGUGAUUCCCAGGACCAAAAUAUUAAGUGAUCUCAAGAUUCUGAAUUCGGAGCUAGGUAGAUUAAGCCAGUCCACAGCUUUGGUUACUGAGCUCUUCAAUGUGGUCUUCACAUCAAACCUUAGUAUCUCCAAAAUUUUGUCCAGUGAUCCAGAAAAAGCCUGGUUUUGCCUCAUAGUUUUCAUUUUGUUUCUGCUAAUUGUUAUGUUCGUAUAUCGCCCAGCCAUGUUUUGGAUCAUAAAACAGACCCCAGAGGGUUCUCCUGUUAGUGAUCACUAUGUGUAUUUCAUACUCAUAAUGGCUUUUAUGGCUUCCUAUAUCACACAUCGCAUUGGAUUUUUGGCUCUCUUUGGCCCUUUUGCAUUGGGCAUGGCUACCCCAGAAGGGCCUCCAUUAGGCACUGCAGUUAUAAAAAAGAUUGACACUUUUGUUAACUGGAUGUUCAUGCCUCUCUUUGUGACCACAUGUGUGAUGAGGGUGGACCUCAGAGACUUCAUGAAAUGGAGAGACGAAGUGAGUGGAGGAAUUGACCAGUUCAUGUUGCAAGCCCUGAUUAUCAUUGCAGUAACUAGCACUGUCAAAUUUGUUGUAUGCAUGCUUCUUCCUUUGUACCACAACGUGCCCUUCAGUGACUCAGUUUCUCUCUCUUUGGUCUUGAAUUGCAAGGGCGUAGUUGAAUUGGCUGGAUUCUCUAUAAUCAGAGAUCUCAUGGGCAUGCCAGACAACGUGUUGGCAUUGGUGAUAGUGAGCAUAAUUCUGAGUGCUACAGUGGGGCCAUUUCUUCUGGCAUAUCUCUACGACCCCAUGAAGAAAUAUGCAGGAAACUACACCAAGCGAAACAUCUUUGACCUCAAAAACAACUCCGAGCUUCGAGUUCUCACAUGCAUCCACAGACCCGACAACAUUCCUCCGACCAUCAACCUUCUCGAAGCCACCUUCCCCACCAAAGACAACCCUCUCUGUGUCUACGCCCUCCAGCUCAUAGAACUCAUCGGAAGAGCAGCUCCUGUCUUCAUCUCUCACCAACUCCAAUCAAAGAAAAAACACGACUCAAACGCUUCCAUGGCAGACAAACUCAUCGAUGCGUUCCAAAACUUCGAGCACGAGUUCAAGGAUGGCACUGGUGGUGAACACCUCACACCAUCUCACCAACUGAGUUCAUGUUGUUUCACCUCCCUCAUUGUUCUUCCCUUUCAUAAAAAGUGGUCUUCUGAUGGCAACAGCAUUGAGAUAGAAGAUGAGUCUCUGAGAGAGUUGAACUUCGUGUCAUGCGGAGAGCUCCCUGGGAAAGAUGAUAGAGAAGCACUUUACUUUGCUAAGAGGAUGACUAAGAAUCCGCAUGUCAGACUCACUGUGGUCAGGUUUUUGGCUAGGAAUAAUUAUUCGGAGGUAACGGAUUUGCAGGAACUGCUUGACACUGAGAUUCUGAAUGAUAUCAGGAUUAACGGGAAGGUGGGUGAGACUAAUGUGAAUUACAUAGAGAAGAUUGUGCAGGAUGGACCUGAGACGGCUUUGGUGAUUCGGAAGUUGGGGAAGGAGUAUGAUUUGAUCAUUGUUGGAAGACAAGCUGGGAUUGAAACUCCUCAAACAUCUGGGUUGUUGCAGUGGAGUGAGUAUCCAGAACUUGGGGUGCUUGGAGAUUUUGUGGCUUCAACUGAUGCUGCUGGCAAGGCUACUGUGUUUGUGAUGCAGCAACAAAGAAGAGAAAGUGAUGCUUAAAGGCCAAAUUUGGUUUUCGUUUGCUGUGGAUGGAACUUUUUGUUGCUGAAAAGAUUAGUCUUGAAGUUCAUGCAUGACUAAUUUUUUUCAAGUGUAAUUUUGUCAAA